CUCAGCUUUCUUCAUUUCUGCUUCAGGACUUCCUGAGAAAGGUAAACAAAUGGCAGACCAAACGCCAAGCUGUCAAACUACCCAAAAUGUAACCCGAAAACGGGCAUUUAAAGGACCAAAAUGCCUGGACAGAAACGAAAAUACAACGUUCGCUUUCCACCUGGUCGCAUCAAGAAAAUCAUGCAGAAAGAUACAGAAGUUGGUCGAAUGGCCACUGCCGUUCCAGUGAUCAUCUCUAAAGCUUUGGAAAUGUUCCUGAUAUCAUUCCUCACCAAGACCAGCUUAAUCACCCACUCAAAGAACAGCAGAGUCAUGUCCGUCAACCACAUGAAGCAGUGCAUUGAGUCUGAGAAGUUAUUUGACUUUCUGAAAGACCUUGCGGUGCAGGCCUGUGGAGCAUCUACACAGAAAGAGGUCAAAGCCAAGGGGAAGUGUCCAGGGCAGAGAUGGAAGUGGCACACCAAGCCAAUUAAACCCAGAUCCCCUGAGAGGGCCAAGAGUGCCAGGAGUGAGCCAGCCAAGAGUGAGCCAGCAAUCCACAGUGACUCGUCUAGUGAGUCCGAACUUGUCAUCUGUUUGGAGACUCCAUCGCCUUAACAAUGGCUACUGCAAUAGUGAGUCUCAUCCAACCGUUCGUUACGAGUUCAGUCCUCUGUAUGUGCUAACAAAGGACCAUUCAACCAAUCAUUUGUUGUGACAUAAAAACCUGCAAGAAAGUUAUAAAUGGAAGGUAAUCUUCAUAUGCUGUGUUUGUGAUAUACUGAUUUUAUUCUUGUAGCAGUGUGUAGCUCCUACUGUUUACCUGAAAUAACAUUACAGAAAUAUUUAUGAAGACCCAACAAGUGUUUUUUUUUAUUUCCCAGAGAAAACAUUUUAAUUUGUAAAUUAAAUUUGUUAAUUUUCUUUUGGAGUGAAGAAAGUAAAAUAUAUAUAAAAAAAACCUAAAUGCCACAAAAGGCCAAAAAUUGUUUAGAAUGAUUAAUAUUAAAACAGAGUAAUUUGUAACAUGAGUAUAUUGUAGAAAAAUGUGCGUAUGAGUAUUUAAUGUCUACGUUUUACUUCCCUAUAUAUCAAAAAAAAAUAAAUUAUAAUAGGGUAUUUGUUUUCUGUUGGAUUCAUAAUUUAUUGUAUUGUUAAUUUCUUAAGUGAGUCAAACAUCAUUUUUAAGCUGUGGGUUAGACGCAUACUGCAAAUAUGACUGACACUAUCAAAGUAGAGUACAGCUUCCAUCCGUUAUUUAAUUACCUUUCAGUAUUAAUUCACCAGCUUUACCAAUUAUGUAAUUUAGAAGAUAAAUGAGAUUAGUUAAGAUGCCUACAGCCCUAAAUUAAUGUGGUAAAUGUAUUUUAUAGCUGCACGUGUUGUAUGUAAUGUUUUAAAAUGUCCAGUUCACUGAAUGUUGAAUGUAAACUUGGAGUUUCUGCUCUUAAUUAAUAUCUAUGAUUAACUACAUGAAUACACAUUACAAAACAGAAAGGUAUACCAAACAGGAUUAAACAGUGGACUAUGAAAUAAGUGCAUAAAAAUGUAUAGAUGAUGCCAGGGCAAUUUUAUUUUAAGAAAGUGGGUGAUGUAAAUUCACAUGUUUACAAAAUGUGGUGCUUAUGGACAAUAAAUAAAAUCGGAUUUCUAAAAACCUA